GCCUUCUUGAGACUCGACAGUGAUUAGCUGUGCUGAGGUUCGUGGUCGUGUGCUGACGGAGCUUUGGGAGUCCCGGUGCUGGCUGUUCCAGCCCUCUCCCCGGUCUUCUCACGCGGACCCAGUACAGGAACCGCUCCAAGCUCAUGGUUGCAGCCAUUGCAACACUUCUCUGGGAUCACCGGGCGCUUGUAUUCGAGAUCCGGGUCGUCAGGCUCUUGGAGGUAUUCCAGGAUGUAUUUCCUGAAACAGCGGGCAUUCAUAAAGCCCUUGACGACAGGGCUAAGCUUCUCACGUUGCUUAAGGUUGGAUUUGCUCCACUUGACCUUGGCGUUCAGCCCGAUAUCACUCUCGCGUAUAGCGAGACAGCACGGUGUCCUCCCUCGGAGGACGGAUGCACUUGGGACUGUGGCUACAUAGGUCGAUUAGGAGAUGUCCGUGGUCCCAGCAGAACACCGGCCCAACGCAGCCUUUGCGGCUGUUGUUGACCUGCGGAGAUUCCUCUCGCAGGUGAUCUGGGUUGAAACAGC